AUGUGUUGGAGCGAAGUAAAUGGAAAAAAGGGGAGUUGCGAGAUUGGAAGUUGCAUAUAUUACUACUUAAAGGAGUGUGUCCCAAAAUAUGUACGUCACGUUACGUUAUUCUCAGACACGUGUGGCGGUCAAAACCGAAAUCAGUACGUUACUGCAAUGCUUUUUUGGGCAGUUCAGAAAAUCGAACAUAUUGAUGUCAUAGAACAGAAGUUUCUAGAGAGCGGCCAUUCUUAUAUGGAAUGCGACAGUGUACAUUCGGCGAUAGAAGCAGCUAGUAAACACUCUUCCAUUUAUUUCGUAAACGACUGGAAAAAGAUUUUUCAACAA